UCAUUCCUGAAUAUUUUUCUUGGAAAACUGAAUCCCACUGGUCGGCGAACAAAGACGUCAUUGUACAGGAAGGAAAAUGUGAAGGAUGCGCAAGUUGAUGUAACGAUUGUGAAAAGAUGUGAUGACUUAACUGCUACUGAUCGCGUCUCUUUUUGUGUUUUUAGCCUGAGCCUACUUCAACGUUUGUAAGUCCUUACAUUGAUGGCAAUGAUACUGAUGUGGAAAAGGGAUCUGAAUUUCUCUACAAGAAAUUGGUCGGUUCAGCUUCCUCCUUCAGUCAUCAUUAAUCACAGGUAACUUAGUAAGGAGAUAACAUGGAACAGCAGCUUUUCUCAACUUCUCUGUUAAGUGGCAUCAGCAGUUCUACACCUUCUGUUGAUCCAGCUAUCUUAUACAGCCAUUGGUCUGUGUUUGCGGAUGAUAGUGUGCCUCCAGUUACUUUUCAUGAUGGACCUAAACAGAGGGCCCAGUUUGGUUUGUCAGAUUCUGGAAAUACACCUGAUUUAUUUGGACUGGUCUCCAGCAUACUAGAUGAACCUGACAAACCAGAAUCGUUAUCUGACUGGGAUUCAUCCUCUAGGUUAUUUCAGUCAAUUUGGUCGAAUGCAAAUGGGGAUUCUAUUGGACCAACUUUGAAAAAUAACGUGGAUCACAGUAGAAUUGCAAAUCGUUUAGGUGUUUCUCAGUACUAUGAAGAGAACUCUCAGGCAUUAUCUGAAACAGGAAAAUUUGAACUUGUUCAAGAUUUUCAAAGUUUUAAUCUUUCAGAACCAUGGAAGACCAUGAUUAAUAAGGAUGCCAAUCAGUCUGAUUCUCGACCCAGAGAUCUGUCAUCCUCAGCAAGAAACAAUGCUUUGCCUCAUAAAGAAGGGUUCUCCUUCCAGACCAAGGAAUUUGAUGGCUGUUUACGGGAUUAUGAGGAAGCCGAAAGGGGAAUUUCUGAUUUUACCACACAUAACUUUCAUAAUAAUUGUGGCAAUAGUAACACAAUUACAUGCAAGGAAUACUAUAAAACUGACUGUUUUAGAGAGAAUAAAUUUAUAACAUCUGGAAUUAAAGAUCGCAGUCAGAAUUGUGAAAGUAGUUAUGGCCCUCAUGUUGGUGAAUUGUGGGGCAAGGUUUUGCAGGAAAAACAACCAAUUCAAAAAGGAUUUGAAGACUUCAAUGCAAGUUCUCUUAAAAAUAACUCUUCUGUUUCACAAAUGAACUUCUGUGGGCAGCAGAUUUCCAGAGAGAAUGGCUUUGUGGCUGAUAUAAACCGAAAAUCUGCAUUAGACUUUCCAAAACAGGAAAACCAUACUCCUGUUUUACGAGGCAACUUUGCGAUCCAAUGUGAAAAGCUUCACCAGAAUUGUUUAGAUGAUUUCCCGAUGUCAUCGGAGUAUGUUAAUUUAACAAACGUUCUGCCACAGAUUGAUGAAUAUAGUCCUCAUUCUUCCCAAAGCAGCCUAUUGUGGUCUGAUAGCAACAUGUUAAGCUCCUCUGGUGAGCCUAGUCCAGUGUUUAGAAAAGAUGGGAACAUUUCAACAAGCUGUCAAACAUCAACUAUUUCUGCUGUAAGUAGUGGUUCUUCAGCACAAUUACCAAUUUCUGGUGCCCUUCAAUCUAUGUAUUAUCCUUCAGCAGCUCCAUUGGAAUCCUUAAGGCAAAAUGAAUGCCAGAAAUUCCCAAACAAUACCGUUAGAAAUUGGGGUUCAUCCAACGCUGGUGUUCAGAUGCAAGAACAAAAGAAGAUUACUACAUCAUUGCAGAAUGAGUCUUCUACGACCAGAGAUAAUCAGUUUCGAAAACGAUGUACUGGCUUUGGUAACAACUGGACACAACAUCACAAUGAUGAUUCGGGCAAAUAUUUCAGAUUUUCCAAUAAACAUGGACAUAAUGGUGCUAACAACAGAGAUGAUAAGAGGGGGCGGAAAAAUGCGUAUCAACAUGCUUUGCAGUUGGGACCUUUUGGUCAAAAUCACCAACAGUAUCAUAGAAAACAAGAACAGGACGGUAGCAAUUUGUCUGAUUUCAUUAAUCAUUCUUUCGUACCCCCAUUUCCAUUCAUGAUGCCUGAUUAUAAACAGAAUCAAAACUUCUCCCAAUUUGGUCCACAUGGAUUUUCCUCACCUAGUUUUCCUUUCCCACCUUCAACAUUUCCAUUCCCUGAAUUAAUUGACUUUUUUCAUUAUGAUGACUUCAAUCAGCUGCACCCUUUUAUGAAUGACCUUUUUGGUGGAGAUAUGAUCGCACCCUACUUUGGAUUUCCACCCCCUUUUUCCAAGUACAGACCUAUGAAGAAUCGUAGUGGUCCAGCAAAUGAACUUCACAUACGACUGGAAGAGUGUUAUGAGCAAUGGCGGGCUUUGGAAAAGGAGAGGAAAAAGACUGAAGCAGAGCUUGCAAGAAAUUUUCCUGGAAAGCGAGUGUCUAGUUCAAACAAUACACCUAUUCCUCGCCUGCCUUCCAACCCUUCAAGAGUAGAUCGUUUAAUUGUUGAUCAGUUACGCGAACAAGCUCGGGUCUUGACCUUGUUUGGCAAAAUGGAACGUCUUCAAAGUUCUCCCAUUCAUGCUAAUAUAUCUUCAACUCUCAAUUGUCAUUUGGAAGCCAUUCAUGUCACGCAAGCACGUCGUAAAGAUGAAAUAAUUAAUGCUACAAAUCGUCAGAGGCAGGGAGCGCCUCGCUACAAUGAUGACAAGGAUGUGUUGGCUUUGGCAGCUGCCAUAAAGGAUUUGACUAUUUCAACACGUAAGGCCCGUACUGCUCUCUGGUGUGCGUUGCAGAUGAUCUUGCCAAAAUGUUUCCUGGGGACUGUAGUCAAGCAAGUUGAAAUUGAAAAGGCAUUAAAACAACUUGGUCAGGGGAGUGCUACUGUCAAAAAUGAUGACAAGAGACUUGCUGAAGAGAAAAUUGUGGAAAAGUCUGAAUCUGACCUUGCUGGACAUGCAUCAAUAAAAAUGGAAAUUGAUUGUAAGAGAGAAGUGUGUUGAAAAAGCAACAGCUUAAAUGCAACUGCGUUCUAUUCUGUGAGUUCUGCUAUGGAAUAUGUCAAACUGUGGAUGAAGUGUUUAAAGCACUGUUGCGUAUCUGUUUGCGUUGUAUGAACUUCUAGGAUUAAUGAUGAGCCACGUUUUUUUAAAAAAAAAGCUUGCCGAAAUUUGAAAUUAACCUUGUAAUCUAAAUGGUAAGGGCAAGUUGAUUACCUGAGAAGAGAGGAGGAAUGAUGUGGAACAAUGUUAUUUGGUUAUCAGUUUUUGAAAACAAUGAAAUUUGAUCUUAGUACAAGUGUGAAAUUUUGAUCACCAUUUCUAUAAGAUCCUGACACUACAUUUGUGCUGUAAGAAGUAAUUUCAGCUGCAUCAGGAUAUUGACAAACUUAUUUCUAUUUGAAACUGGCUUUGGUAUGUGUUAAUAUCACUAGAUAGUAACCAGGCUGUUCAGGAGAUUGCAUCACAUCUUAUGCAGAAGAGGGGAGAAACCAAAUAAUUGUUUUUUUUUAGUACUGAAACAAGAUUUUGAAUUUUUGUGAAUGAAGUAAUUAUUAGUGAAGAAUGAACCACUGUGGCACUACUAAGGGAGUAGAGUACUGUUGCAGUUUUAUGUAGCACCCAUUUCGACCUGAUUUUGACAUGUUGGAGAACUGUCGAGAACUACAGUCGUUUGCCUUUUUAGUUUCUAAAUUGCAAUAUAAUUUCUAUUGCGUUGAGUUUAUUCAAAAAGCCAAUCAAUGAAGCAAGUUCUUUUCUUUUAUGCUUUGUGGUUAUGUAGAAUAUUUCUUAAUUAAAUUUUAAAUUAUGAAAUAUUAUUGAAAACUAAAAUGUUCCAUUCUGAGGAAUAUUAAUAAAUGUCAUUAAACCUGUUUAACUGGGGAUUAAUACAAUAAGAUCAACUAACACUGAACUGGUUUAAAAAUAAGUAAUGGUGCUAAAAUCAACUAGAAGUGAACAAUUGCAUUAUUUAAUAGGUUAUUUUCAUAUUCUACUGACAUUCUGUGUGUAAUUACAGAAUUUGUUAGAAUCUCUUGUCUUUCUUUGAACUAGUGUGCCGUGGUCAGAUUCUAAAUUUAGUUUAGGUACUGGGACUUUGGAACAGUACUGUCCACUUUCCAAAGUAUUGUGAUACCAAUAAGGUUUGAGAAAAUUUAAAAAAACAGAAUUGGAAUUGGAUCAUUUUUAAAUUAAAAGUAACUACAUAGAUAAUUGGGAAUUUGAUUACUUUAUCUCUCAAAUUUUCUUCAACUUUGUAGUCACACGACUAAAUUAGAUUGUAAUGGCAACUGAAACAUUCAUAACCAAAAACAGGGCUAUUUUUAAAAAAAAUGUAUUUACCUAUCCAAUGAGUUAACAAGAUUUUCAUAACUCACAGGUUAGGAAAUUGUAGAGUUAUGAGAUAUAUUACUUAACAAUUCUAUUUGAUAUUAUUUGUUAAAGAAAUGUACUGUUAUGUGCCUGUGCAUUGAAGAACAAUUAGCUAGUAAUGUUAAGCACUUAAAAACAGUCAUCCAAUUCGUAACAUGAUGAGAUAUUUUAGUUAUAGGUUUCUUUUUUUCAGAUGAGCAAAAUGAAAGAAUUGCACAUGCAAUGAGAUCCCCGGCAAUUAAACAUGCACCAGUAACUUUUAAUUUGGUUUCACUUCACAAACUGAUCCAUUCUUCAAAUUGAACUCCAGAAAGGGAAGGGGAGUUAUAAAGAAUGAUAUUUUUAUGUAAUUUGUCUGAUUGCAGUUAAUAGCCUAUGAAACAAAUUGGUGCUAUAAUACAGCAAACUAAUAAUAACAUUUUGCUGGAACCCAUAUUCUCCAAAAAUGUAACAUAUUUCAUUUUGAAACUUUGUUAUUUUAUAGCAUUACUGCUAUCUUCCCAAAGUAAUGAUGCACGAUAAUUUAUGGUACAAUGGGCAUUUGUGGUCCAUUGUACCUUGUACAUGUGCAUUUGAACAUUUACAGUGAGGUCUGGUGGGUUACUUCACUAAUUAUGGACCUAUUAUAAUCAAACCCAAACCAGUAUUCACACACUCAUCUGCAGAAGCGGUCAUUAGGUAGCAUUAACUUUGUUCUAUGUAUUUUUAUUCUUUCUCACUUCAUUGGAGAUACUGGGAUUUUUUUUUUAAAACAUGCCACACAGUUGUAGAACUAUCCCAUUAUAGUAAGCACCCAAUUUUCAAUUUUCUUUCAAACCUACAUCAGUUUUUCACUGUUAAAUUAAAAAAUUGACUCAGCAUCAAUCCUGAAAUGUUCUGAUUUCUUUGGCUAACUACUAUAUUACGUGCAUUUGCCAACUAAUAAAAUGUUUGAAGCACAUUGUAGAAUUUAACUGCACUGAUAAGCACUGCCUCAACUAAGUUUUUCAGUUGGGGGAGAGGGUUUGUUGUUUUCAAGUAACAGGGAGUUGGCUCCCAUUAAAGCUGAUAAUUUCCAUGCUGAAUAUGUUGCAUUAUAUUUUAAUUUACUUUAUACUAUUUUCGAGGAAGGGAAGAAAACAAAAAUAGCUAGAUUUUCUAAUCUCUAAUUUUCUAAUAGUGAUGCCAGUUGGGUUCAGACAAAAGAAUUUAAACUUCAAGAUACAAAUUAAAUUUUCAGCAAAAAAAUGUUUCUUUCAGGUUAUAAAUAUGAAUCCUUUCUAAGGAAAAUAAUAGCAUGUUAACUACAAAUGAAAAUUCAGUCGCAUCUUGACUGACAAUUGUUCCUUUAAAUUUGUUGGUUUUAGUAGGGUGCAUUGCUCAGUUCUGGAAUCUGUAGACCAGUAUUUUUUUCAUGAGUUUAUAUUUUUAAAAAAUUCAAGUUGACUGGUUAGAAAAAAAGAUUUCAUGAAGCUUAAAUACACAUGUUAAACCACAGUGGGGGGAAACAAGACUCUUUUGUAUGCAUCAUCCGUUCCAUGACCCAUAUCUCCUAAAUGGUGAAAACAAUUAGGCAAAUUGAAAUCUUAGCAGUAAUGCUGGUGACCUUUCACCAUCAAUGAGAAGCCUUUUCCAGUGUGUUUUCUGGAUUUUACUGAAGCAUUCCUUCAGAAUUGCUGUUGAAAGUAAAACAAAUUUGUGGUUAAUUAAGAAGGUGACUUUUUUUGCUGUAUUGUCAUUAUUUUGUAGUGUACUUAUGCAGAAAUUAUUAUUUUAAACAUAGCCAGUCAAUUAAUUUUAUAAAAUUAAGUCAAAAGGCAUCGAAAUGAUUAAUUUUUGUUAAAACCAAAAAAAAUCUAUGGUUAAUGUGGGAGGAAGGAUUUUCUGUUUGGCCCUCGGCAAAAUUGUCAGUGUUGUUUAUAAAUUUGCUGUCACAAGUAGCAUACAAAUUAAAUUUUUCUUAGCCUUUUCACAAAUUUUUAUUUUUAAAAAUUCUAGUGAUACUGAUAUUUAGUCUAUUUGAUAAUAGUCUUUUAUGCAAGUUUUGUCUUUUUUUUAAAUGGGAGUUAAAGCAACCCACCCAAAAUAUACAUGUUCAAUAAAUCAUAUUUUGUCUCAUCAUGCAAAUUAGUAUAAAUACUAAAUUAAUCUCUUAGUGAAAUGUUGAUAUAAGAGGUAACUGGACUGUACUUUUGAAACUCACAUUUGAAACUCAUUCUUCCAAUCUAAAAACCUAUGUUUUUCUCCUGAAUUGUUGUAUAAUCUAUUCAAAAAACAAAAUACUUUUUGUUACCUAGUUGGCUAAGGCUGUUGAAUUAGGAAACAAGUGACAGCUUGAAGUUACCUAUUUUGAGAAUCUAGGAACAGAACUGGGUGCAAAUCUAGGAACAAAGGUUUUACUUGCUCAUUUGAAAAACAUCCACCAGAAUCCUGUUGGGUUGUUAAUUAAAAUUGAGAGGUAAUUAUAAAUUAUAAUUAUGAACUGCUCAACUGAGGAAAUGUAAUCCAACUUGUUUAGUGUGGUAUUUAACAUAGUGCAAUCUUUGUAAUGUAGUCAUCAUCACUGCAUCACAGAAUUAAAAGACUGAAUGAAUGCAUAUGAGUGCUACAUAACGUGGAUAAUCUCAUUUUAAACUAUAAUUUGUGUAAAAUGUUUAAGAAAGAAAAAGAACUGUUACUCAGGAUUAGUUCUUCAAAUUACUAACCCUCUAUGGUGGGGAAAUAAUAAAUGUUGUACUUUGAUUUAGAAAGCACUUAAUGAAGACAAAUUGAUUUUUUUUGUAGUUAUCAGUUUGAGGGAUUAUAAUUUUUAAAGCAUUCCAUAUUUAUUUUAAUAUUGAUUCAAUCUUAAUUUAAAUUCAGAUUUAGUAUCUAAUGUACUGUAUUAAUGGGAUUAUUCUUGCCAAACCUUCCUAAUUAGAUUAACUGUUUACUCAGGAAAUAUAUAUUUAAUAUUUAGUUUUUUGGGUUGUAUGUGCAAAGUAUUUUUCACAAAUUUAACUGUGUACAAUACUAGGUUACCAAAGCUAUUUUUGUUUAACUGAUUUAUUUCCAGAAUUUUGGAACCAUUUAGGGACUGGAGACAUUCUAUUACAUAGAGCUAGUCAUAUGCUAGUUUUCAUACUUGGGCUUAGACAAUCAGAAGUCUUGCGUCUUAAAGCAUUGUGAAUGUAGAGAAGAUUUGAGAUAUUUAUAGGACUAUUAACAUAGGUCAAAAUUGUUUAUUCAUUCAUAUUACACUAAACUCUUUUGUCAAUUUAAUGCUUUUAAUAAAAAUGACCAUGUGAUCUCAUUUUUGAAAAAUGGUAUUAUAAACUAGGUAGUAUUCAUAGUUUAUAUUUGGAGAGAUUGGCUCAGGGAGAAAUCCCUUUGGGACUAUUCUAUGAGAUUUGAUUUAAAGGCAAAGUAGUAGCACCCACUGAAAUUACAUUAGUUCUGCGUAUGCAUAAAAUUAUUAAAAGGCAACAUUGAGAGUCUUUGGGUUUAAUUAUCUUAAGAUCUAUGGUUAAUACAAACCAACAAUCAAUUUUUAAUUAUUUUGAUUCAUUCAUGGGAUGUAGGCAUCACUGACUGGGCUAACAUUUAUUGCCCAUCCUAUAUUUGUCAGUUCUUAGAGACAAUUAAGAGCCACCCACAUUGCUGUGGGUCUGGAAUCUCCUCUUCAAAUUGAAACAAAUGAAGAAAUGGCAGUCUGAAUAACUUUCCAAAUUUGACCCUGUGUUUCAUUUUACAUAUUUUUAAAAGAUUCUUUUAAAUGGAAUAUAUGUUCCUAAUCUCUAAACUUAAUUUCCUAGGCAUUCCGUAAAUGCAAAUUGUUGAGUGUUGACAUAAGUAUUACUUCCCUUUAAAUGUUCAGUUAAACCACCAAAUUGAUUUUGUUUAAAAGUCAGAUUUCAUGUGUUCCUUAUGAAAAUGUAAAAUAUUUACUAGGUACUAGAGGAACCUCAAUUAUCCGAAUGAUACAGUAUUUUGUUCGGAUAAUCGAAUGCCAGCUAACACUGUUUAGCGUAGCAUCAGGACCUUGCGAUAUUCUCCGGAUAAUCUGAAAUUCGGAUAAUUGAGGUUCCUCUGUACAUCAAAAACAUUACCCUAACCAACAACUCCACCCACAAUCAUGGGUUUUCAAGCACAGAAGUAGAAACUUUAUAUCCCCUAAUCUUUAAUGAAUGCUUGUAGUCACAACAUUAUAUCCUGAAGAUGACUGUGUAGUUAUAUUUAUCAAUUAAUUCAGACAUUAAAACCAGUACUACAGAGCACUAUUUUGCAUUCUGAAUUACCUAAUUAUUUUUAUCAAGGCAUAUAUUUUACUGUUGGCUGUCAAUAUUUUGGAAUUCAAAGAGAGAGAGUUUCCUUUUAGAAAGUGAAUUUUAAAAUUCAGCAAUUAAAUUUGUUGAAACAUUCCAGGUACAUUCAUCUCUGGAAAAGAAUGAUGAUACAGUUAAUCUUUAUAGUUAUUAUAGCCCACAGACAAUUUUAACGACCAAUAUUUCUGAAUUUAUAAAGGUUGUGGUUUUCAGUCAAAAUCCACAGAGAUCAGUGCUGCCUUUUAUAACCUAGAUUGCAACAUGCCUUUGUAUAAUAGGUUUACAAUUCUCAUUUUUGGUAUAAAUUUUAUGGAACUAGUUUGCUACAGAUUUUAAUAAAGCAUUAAAACCGUACACAUUGAAAUGUACGGCAAUGUGACCUACAUAAAGAAGGGAACAAAAGAUGAUUUGCUUGUGCAUUUUUGAAAAUCUUAGAUUUUGUUUACACAAAUUUAUUUUUGUAGCCAUACUGGAUUGUGCUCUAGUAAUGAAUGUAUUGGGCAUUGUAGAUUCUUCUUUGGGUUACAUACGUUAAUUUGUACUCACGGUGUGUGUAAUCUUUCUAAAUCAUUUUGUGCAUUUUAAAAAUGGUAAUGUGCCUUUUACUGAUGUUUUAUUUUAAAUGGUAAAAAGCUGUAUUUAUGUUGGAUUCAGCAGCUUUAUAAUUAAACUUGUUACUACUGAUGUUUAAAAUAUUGUUAGUUUCUGCUAGCUGUUCACAAAAUUAAUUAUAUAAGAUGUGACAAUGUAUAGCUAACAGUGCAGCAUGCUAAUUUUCUUAAAUGUAUUUGUAUUAGUGUGGUUCAGUAAAAGGCAUGAGGCACUUGCUUAAUGGUACUAUUGUGAAAUCAAUCAACCUUCACUGGUAUUUAAUGGCAUGGAAUGUAAUUUAUGCAAUAAUCUAAACUAUCUUCAUCAAAUGAAGAGUAUGUUAUCCAUUAUGUUAGUAUGUUCUAUCCUGGAUCAGUGUGAAAUUUGCUAACAACUUAAUAGGUUUUAGGUGCUAGAAUGUUAUGGAACACUUAUUUUCCCCUUUCUUACUAUGUUAAUUUAACAAAUAAGGGGUUUGCCCACAAUACCUCUGCCCUUGGUUGAAAAUUUAAGCAUUGUGGUACUUCAAUAUUUCCAAGUUUUUAAAAUGUUUAAUCAUGUCUUUUGCCUUGAUCACCAUUGUUAGAUUUAAUACAAUAUACAGGAAGUUUGGUUUGCCUAAGGAAAGAUAUUGACAUGAUUGCCCCACAAGAACACCUAAUUUAUAUUCAGGGGAGAUUUAAUUAUUGUAGUCUGUUAGCUUUGAGUUAACAAAGGGAAAAAAUUUCUAAAGCCAAAUAAUUUGAGCUCUGAAUAAUUUAAUCUUUUCAUUGCACUUUCCAUGCUCAAUGUGGUUUUUAACCAAUGCAACUAACUGUUUAUUUUCAAUAGCAUUUGUGCUUUAUCCAGAGACUAACUGGAACUGAGCAUGUUUCUAAGUCACUGGAUUUCUACAGUAUCUUUAUGAUUUGUCUAUAAUAGGAAUUCCAAUGUUUUCUUAAGGUAGAAGUGUUCAGAUGCUUGAGACCAGUGUGCAAUUGCAGACUUCUCCUGUGAGAGUGAGGUGUUAGAAAAGAUGGUCACGAUAUUAUCAACUUUGAGGAUAACAAUGUUCACUAAAAGAUGCUCUCAUCAUAUACUUGGAAGAAAAUAACCUGUGUUGCUGCUGCUGCAUAAAUGUUAUGGGAAAAAUAUUUUAGUUCCUAUUGUUAGAAUCAUGUGGUUAGGUUGCUCUGUUCUGGAAGGUGUACAAGAUGUCGUUUGAUCUAUAAAUUCAGUAUAGGACAAGGACUGAAACUUGAUCACAGAGGAGAAGUCUGCAGUGCAUGUAUGUGGACCAAUCAUAACAUUCUGUUAACGCUGUUUAAUUAUAAAUAUACUGUCUUUGUGAAUCACUUAAACAAUAUUUUGUUACAAAUGUUGCUGAAUUCCGUCUUGCUAACAAUCAAAUUUUUGUUUAUCGCAGACAUAGCUUUCAAGUGCUGAAUUAUUUUAAAAGUUGCAGUUUAUAUUUAACUGGGGUGUGUAGCAGCAUUGGAGCUCUGUUUUAAAAACAGUUUGAACAUUAGCUCAUUUACUGCGAAGAAAUAAAGUUUAAAUUAGUUUGAUGUUAA